CUUGGAUCCAUGGAUCCACACAUCCCGUCGAACUUUGGUCGCGAGAGCACUUUUGUGCGGACGCACUCAACACAAACCUAUAUUGAGUCAUCUCAGGCUUGUAUAUAAGCCCAAUGCUGGGAGGGAGUCCUCGAUAUGUGUUUCCCCCCGAUCAUCAAUACGUCAGCCGACUGUACUCAAGCUUCUGCCAUCAUAAUUGUGUUCCAGACCACGGUCACCUACACAAUUACAAUUAUGCCUGCUCCGCGAAACACCCGUGAGUCCACUCGGGCUCCAUUUUCGCGGCACCAAACCUCUCCCGCAAACCCCAUCGAGUCCAUCCAGGCUGGGCAAUCCAAAGAGCCUUUCUCUACAGUCCUCGCGCGGUCACUCCAAAGUCGCGUACCGCCCAGCGCGUACAACGAGCCUAUCGAGGUCACCAUCGCGCGGUAUAUUCCCCUCCCUGACACACCACCCGGCACGCCACUCAGGGUGGACUCACCGCUCCUUUCAGCCCAGCCAGCGUCGUCACACGUAUGGCCUGAUACGAGUAAAAUCCCGGCUUCGGCGUACGUCCGCGCGCCACAUGCAUCACUCGGAGAGCGCAGCAUCCACCUCGAGUUCCCUGCAUGCCUCCGUGAAAUCAAACGGCACUGCCACACCAAGGCCAUCUUUCACGACAUCGUCGCGAGGUGUCGAUGCGCAUGUCCAGCAGAGCACCCAACGGGAAUUCCCAUCGCGUCCACCCCCGAAGCACCCAUCCCGCUGCUCGACCAGACCAGCGCUCGGCCCAGUAUCCUGCUCACGGGCCCAGAGCACGCUCAUCCUACGAUGUGCUUGCACACAUGGGAGGAUAUGGGCGGAGAUAUGUACAAAGAACAUAAGGUUGUUGUUGUGGUCCCGGCUCGGCUUGGGAACAAGCGAAAGACUUGGAGGGGUUGCUGGGGGAUAGAAUGUAACAUGAACGGAAAAGGGAGCAGCUUGAGGUGUGGUGAGUGCUAUACGAGGGUGUGGUUGAGUUUUGAGGCUAGGAGGGCCUGGAGGCCUAUGCCCGGGGCUACGCGGAAUGGGAGGGCGUGCAACAAUGAUAGCGAGGACAGUGAUAGCGAGGAGGAUUCUUGAGGAUGGGAGAGUCGUACCAAUGAUCCAGUUUAUAAGAGCUUGCAU